AUGAAGUGGGUUGAUGGACAGGAAGACGACAAUGAUAAAGAGUCGGUAGACAGAGAAAAUGUUGAAGAAAUGGGGUGGGUUGAUGGACAGGAAGACGAUAAUGAUAAAGAGUCGGUAGAUGGAAAGAAUGACGAAGAUAUAGAGUUGGUUAAUGGACAGGAAGAGCAGGAAGAUGACAAUAAUAAAGAGUCGGUAGAUGGAAAGAAUGACGAAGAUAUAGAGUUGGUUAAUGGACAGGAAGAGCAGGAAGACAACAAUGAUAAAGAAUCGGUAGUGAGUGAUGAAGAUAUGGAGUGGGUCAAUGGACAGGAAGAGCAGGAAGAUGACAAUGAUAAAGAGUCGGUAGACAGAGAGAUUGAUGAAGAUAUAGAGUUGGUUAAUGGACAGAAAGAGCAGAAAGACAACAGUAAUAAACAGAGAAUGAUGAAGAUAUGGAGUUGGUUGAUGGACAGGAAGAGCAGGAAGACGACAAUGAUAAAGAGUCGAUAG